GGUGCACGGCCAAAGAUCAACAAGAUGCCGGUCGCCGCGCGGCAGCAUCCCCGCGGGAGCCGUGACACCUGACGCGCCAACAGACCACCCGGUGGGCGGUGGCACGGCAGCAAGCACUCAUCAGCCUCCACCUCCACCUCCACCUCCGCCUCCACGCGCUGGGGCGGGCGGCGACCUCCCACCCGUCUCGCACGCCGAGAACCUGUUUGUUUUUCUUUUCUUUUCCCCGAUUCCUUUCUCGCCCGCCCAGUCGCCCUUCCCCGGGUCCACAACACUUCCACUCCCUCAACCCCACCAGACCCCUCAACUGCCACAUUUCCGUCGCUACCGGAGCCGCCACUCCCACGACCACGAACGCCGGCGACCGAGCGGAAACGAACCAGUUAUCUAGUGGAGCUGCCUCGUCCAAGGUACUGUAAUGUCCUUUCUAUUCAAGUCUAGCAAUGGUGGUACCACUGAAAAAACCAUGCCCCUGGAAGAACAGCAAGAAAAAAUAAAUGAACUACGCAAGGUGCUUGGUGACCACUCAUCACCAGCCAUUCAAGACUUCCUUUCAGAUGCCUCAUUAGCGAGAUUUCUUCGAGCAAGGAACUGGAAUGUGCAGAAAGCUAGUAAAAUGAUGAAAGCAGCUGUGAAGUGGCGGCUUGCAUUCAAACCUGAAAACAUCUGUUGGGAUGAUAUUUCAGAGGAAGCAGAGACCGGAAAGAUAUAUAGGGCAGACUAUAAGGACAAACAUGGCAGAACUGUUCUUGUAUUGAGGCCUGGUUUAGAGAACACUACCUCAGCAACAGGACAGAUCAAAUAUCUAGUCUACUCUCUGGAGAAAGCAAUUAUGAACCUGACGGAAGAUCAAGAGAAGAUGGUAUGGCUGACAGAUUUCCAGUCCUGGACAUUGGGAAGCACACCACUGAAGGUGACCCGUGAGACUGUCAAUGUCUUGCAAGACUGUUAUCCUGAGAGGUUGGGGCUUGCAAUCCUUUACAACCCUCCUAGGAUAUUUGAAUCAUUCUGGAAGAUAGUGAAGCCGUUCCUGGACCAAGAGACCCGCAAGAAGGUGAAGUUUGUGUACUCCAACGACAAGGAGAGCCAGAAGAUAAUGGCAGAAGUCUUUGACAUGGAGGAGCUCGACUCGGCAUUUGGGGGAAAGAACCCAGCGACAUUUGAGUACAACAGCUACGCAGAGCGAAUGCAGGAGGACGACAAGAAGAUGGGAUCGUUGCACAGUUCAACCAAUAGCUUGCUUGAAUCAGCUGAGAAGGAGGCUAAUGGCGCAGACUCGGACGCCUCAAGUGAGGCCUCCUUCUACAGUGGAACUGACUCUCCGAAACAUGAGGACGGUGAACACAGCAUCGCAAAGAAGAGCGGCUGAGCUAAACUGCUUUGAUUGCUCAAAUUGAGGGAGCUGAGGAAUGGAAUAGGUCAACAUAUCUAGCUUGAACGAUUGUCAGGACCGAUGGCGAUGAGCCGAUGACAGAUUACAAGCUGGUUAGAUAACGUUGCCGGGUCUAGGCGGAAUGUAUAUUUGCUGCUCAUGAUAUUAGAGUAUAUGUAAGAGUUUGGACCAUCAACGCUGAAUUGGUGAUGCGUUAUACAUCUUUGGAAUAAGUUUAACUUCUCCGCGGUACAUGUUUGGUUACUCGUUGACGUCGCCCAAUGUAUAUUCCAGUUCCCAAUGUCUCUAACAGCGUUUAUCAACUUGGACCAUUGUAUGUCUUGGAAAUUAAAAUGUACUCUAUCUAUUC